AUGGCGGAAGCUAAAGAGUCCACGUCGAGUCCGCUGGCGCAAGCCGACUCUGAAGAUGUUCCCAAGUCUCCUCCAAGCUCCCCCAACUCCUCCACUCGCGAGGCAUGCUAUGCAGUGCUCCAGAGUUGGGUCUCAAAGAAAUUCAUGACCGGAUGCAUGGUUCUCUUUCCUGUCGCUGUUACAUUCUUCAUCACUUGGUGGUUUGUUCAGUUUGUGGAUGGUUUCUUCAGUCCAAUAUAUGCCAGGCUUGGGGUUAGCAUAUUUGGCCUGGGAUUUGUCACAUCCCUUGCCUUUAUAUUCUUAGUUGGUAUAUUUGCUUCAUCAUGGAUGGGUGCAACAGUUUUCUGGAUUGGGGAAUGGUUCAUAAAACGAAUGCCCUUUAUGAAGCACAUAUACUCAGCCUCCAAACAAAUUAGCUCUGCAAUCUCUCCAGACCAAAAUACCACUGCAUUUAAAGAGGUUGCAAUUAUCCGUCAUCCUCGGCUUGGUGAAUACGCAUUCGGUUUUAUCACAUCAUCUGUAACCCUUCAGAGGGAUGAUGGAGAUGAGGAGUUGUGUAGUGUUUAUGUCCCAACAAACCAUCUAUACAUUGGCGAUAUUUUUCUUGUCAAUUCUGAAGAGAUCAUACGGCCAAAUUUGUCCGUGCGGGAAGGGAUAGUUAUAGACGACAAGAGAAAAUGGGUCCCUAAUAUAAUAGCUCCUGGAGAUGUAUGA